AUGAGCGUGACCGUGAGUGUGAGUGUGAGUGGAUCAACACCUGGAAUUAUGUACGGUCUCCCAAAGGUGCAUAAGGACGGAAUUCCUGUACGUCCCAUAUUAUAUGUCAUAGGAACAAACAGUUACCAAUUAGCUAAAUUCCUUGUUCCAAUUCUAACACCUCUAACCACAAAUAUAUUUGCAGUAAAGGAUUCAUUCACCUUUGCCAAAGAAAUUACCACUAUUAGUUUUGACAAGUGGUGUCUGACAGUUGAAACAGUCAAAGGCUUCUCGAAGGAAAAUUUAAGAAACAUGCUUGAACUAUUUAUUGAUACUUUCCUCAUAUUCAAAUCACAGGAACAUGUUCAGGAAUUUCUUAGCUACCUCAACUCGCAACACCCAAAUAUGAAAUUCACUGUUGAGUCCACCCAGCAUCCAAUUAAAACAAAGGUAUCCAAACUAGUCAGUGAAUUCUACCUACAGAUCAAACUUAGAGUUAUUUUCAGAACAAAAAACACCAUUCAAAACCUUUUCAAAUUCAGAGAUACAGUACUCACUGAAUUAAAAUCUAACAUUGUCUACAAAUAUACGUGUGAGAUCUCAAUCAGGAAUCACGCUGAUGACACAGAGCACCCCAUACAUCGCAAAGAUUUUUCAGUCUUGGCAAGUACACCAUACCACCAGCAGCUCCUUAUCAUGGUGAGCAUACUAACAUACAACUCUCAGUAA